AUGGCUACUCGGAGGAAGCUAACCCGCCGUCCAGGACAGCGCACAGGACUUCGUUCUCAGGGGCAAGAGAACUAUGAGCGGGGGGCAACCGCCAAGCCAGACGUGGAGUGGGAGACUGCGGCUUCCUCAUCCGAGGAGUCUGAGAAGGGGGCCAAGGGCUGGAUGCACCCAGCAGCUCCGACAGCCGCAAGGUCGACAGGUGGACCAGAUGGAGAGCUACUGGCAUUGAUGAGGGACUUCAUGGCAGGACAACAGCGGAGAGAGGAGAACCUGUUGGCAGAGAUCCGAGGCCUAAGGGUUGCUAAACCACGGACUGACCAGUUGCCUCGGCGUGCCACCCAGCCCCAUCGAGAUGGUGACCAAGUACAGCCUGCUCCGAACCUGCACAUCGCAGCCACCCCAAGCACACUGACGGCAAGCAGUCCCAGACUUAACCUGCCAACACCAGCACCCCCGCAUGGGCGCCAGGAGACACCAGCAGAGGCAUCCGAUCACCACUUUUCAGACCUGGACAACAGCCCAGACCAGCCAAGGUCAGAGUGGAGGCAUUAUAACGAACCAAAAAUGCCACAAUAUCAGAGGGGCGAGGACAUUGAAAACUAUUUAUUACGUUUCGAGCGCAUUGCCAAAAUGUGGAAAUGGCCGGAGAGCGAGUGGGCAUGCAGACUCGUUCCACUGCUGGCGGGGAAGGCAUUGGAGGCCUACACUGCAAUGGAUGAGGACAGAGCACACCACUAUACUGACCUGAAGGCAGCGCUGUUGGCGAAAUUUGACAUCUCUCCAGAGACCUACCGGCUGCAGUUCAGAUCAACGAAUGUACCACCGGGCGAGAGCCCCACCGAGACCUACCACCGCCUGAAGGGCCUCUACCGACGCUGGAUUCGGCCAGGGCAGCACACCAAGGAGGAGGUUGGAGAGGCCAUCAUCUUGGAGCAGUUACUCCGGGUACUUCCUUUUGAGGUGAGGACCUGGGUGAAGGAGCAUGAGCCAGCAGAGGGACUUACAGCUGCCAAGCUGGUUCUGCAGUACCUCAACGCUCGGAGAGGAGGACCAGCUACACAUUUCACCAGGGCAGCACGCCGACCAACACCCCAGCCCAGGCCUGCAAGGAGAGAGGAGUGUCCAGGUAACAUCAGUACUGCCCCAAACCAACAAACAUCUGGAUUGCCAUGGACAUUGUAGGCCCUCUAGUGAAGAGCAGCGGUGGUCAUCAGUACAUUCUGGUCGUGUGUGACUAUGCCACCCGUUUCCCAGAGGCCUUUCCCCUGCGCACCAUCACCGCUCCCACUGUUCUGCGUGCUUUGGUUCAACUGUUCUCCAGAGUGGGGAUACCAGACGAAAUCCUCACGGACCAAGGGACCAACUUCACCUCCAGGUUGAUGCAGCUCUUCCAUAAACAACUGGGCAUCUCAGCAAUCAAGACCACCCCAUACCACCCACAGACUGACGGUCUGGUUGAAAGAUUCAACCAGACACUGAAGAAGAUGCUACAAAAGUUUGUGGAUGACACUGGCAAGGACUGGGACCGCUGGUUGCCAUUUCUACUCUUCGCCUACCGAGAACUUCCCCAGGCCUCAACAGGUUUCUCCCCAUUUGAGCUGCUAUAUGGCUGGGAUGUACAGGGGCCAUUGGAUCUGCUCCAAAAGGGCUCCAAGUGACACCACUCCAAGUGACAGAGGCGUAGUACAGUUUGUGUUGGAGAUGAGGGAUCGGCUGGCAAGAUACCAGGACGAGGCAGAGGUCAACCUGCGUGAGGCCCAGAAAAGCCAGAAGACCUGGUAUGACAAACAGGCUCGGCACCGUGAGUUCCAGCCUGGCCAAAAAGUCUUGCUACUUCUCCCUUCUUCCAACAGCAAGCUCUUGGCGAAAUGGCAAGGACCCUACAUCAUGACCCGCAAGAUGGGCCCAGUCACUUACGAGGUCCAUCAACCUGAAAAGAAGAAACCAGUACAGACCUACCAUGUGAACCUACUAAAAGAGUGGAAGGAGCGUCCGAUCCAAGCACUGAUGGUGAGGGAGGUGGACAUGGAAGAGGAAGAGGAGACCGAACUGGAAACCCUAUCUAAGACUGCUACUCCUGUGCUGGCACAUCUUGCACCAGAGCAAGCUGCACAGCUCCUCAGGAGGCUCGUUCCCUCUUUGCUACCAGCCCAGGACAAACCACCCUUGUUGAGCAUGUGGUUCGUCUAAAGGAUGAACGACCAAUCCGCCAACGUCCCUACCGUAUCCCACAACAGCUGGUGGACAAGCUGCGGCAGGAGGUGGAGGAGAUGUUGAAGCUCGGAGUGAUUGAGCCUUCCAACUCAGAGUGGUGCAGUCCAGUGGUCAUCGUCUUCAAGAAAGAUGGUUCUCUCCGGAUAUGCAUUGACUUCAGGAAGCUUAAUGCCAUCUCAGAGUUUGAUGCCUACCCCAUGCCAAGAAUCGAUGACUUAUUGGAGAAGAUCGGAGCGGCCAAGUACAUCACCACCCUUGAUCUAUGUAAAGGCUACUGGCAGGUGCCACUGGAGAAGUCUUGCCGGCCAUACACGGCAUUUCGAACACCAGCUGGACUUUUCCAGUUUACUGUGAUGCCAUUUGGACUGCAUGGAGCGCCAGCCACCUUCCAGAGACUGAUGGAUGGGGUCCUCCAGGGUUGUGACAACUGCAGCGCAGCAUACCUUGAUGAUGUGGUAAUCUUCAGCAACACAUGGGAGGAGCAUGUCCAACACCUAUCACUGGUCCUGAGAAGGAUCCAGAAGGCUGGGUUGACACCCAACCCCUCCAAGUGUGAGUGGGCACAGGAGGAGACACGAUACCUGGGUUAUCAACUGGGACGAGGAGAGGUUCGUCCACAAGUGGAUAAGGUGGAAGCUAUCCAAAACUGCCCUCGACCUCGCACCAAGAAGGAGGUACGGUCCUUCUUGGGAUUGGCCGGCUGGUACAGACGGUUCGUACCCCAAUUCGCAACGAUAGCAGCUCCACUCACAGCACUGACCUGCAAGGACCAGAGGAACCCGGUGACCUGGUCAGACGACUGUGAAACAGCCUUCAGCACCUUGAAAGCCAACUUAUGUUCUUCCCCUGUCCUCAAGAGUCCAGACUUCAAAAGAAGAUUCCUGGUACAGGUGGACGCAUCGGCAGUUGGCCUUGGAGCGGUCCUGGCCCAAGGAGACCCUGGAGAAGAACACCCCAUCCUGUACCUGAGCCGCAAGCUGCAACCACGUGAGACCAGGUAUUCCACGGUGGAAAAGGAAGGCCUGGCCAUUAAGUGGGCGCUGGAGAGCCUGCGAUACUAUUUACUGGGAAAGGAGUUUGAUCUGGAAACUGACCACCGAGCUCUCACCUGGAUCAACUCCAUGAAGGACCACAACAGCCGCCUUACACGAUGGUACCUCUCACUCCAGCCUUUCAGGUUCACCAUCCGACACCAAUCAGGCAAAACCAAUGUGGUAGCAGAUUACCUUUCCAGGUUGCCGCACAUCGUCAACCUCCAGGAGGAGGGGGAUAAUGUGACGGAGCCACGGUGUCACUGAAUGCGGGGAGCACGCGCACACACACACACACACACACCACACAUUCCCCGUUCCUUCCCGGUCUCACAAAAUAUUUAAUUAAACCGCAAUGUGACGGAGCCGCGCUGUUACUGAAUGCCGGCAGCACGCGCACACACACACACACCACACAUUCCCCGUUCCCUCCCGGUCUCACAAAGUAGUUAAUUAAACCUCAAUAUCAUUCCCUCUUUUCUCCACCGUUUCAGUAGCGCGACCAAGGGUGCACACUUGGCAGUGCUAUGUUCAGUUACGCAUACAUUCACACAAAUACAAGCGACUUACUGUUUGUUGAAGGCAUAUGCGUCAACCGGCUCCCUCUCCAUGAGCUUGGUUGGCGAAACAGAGGCGUAACUUUUCUAAUUGUUUAAAUAGUCUCUUUACGCACGCUCUCAUGAUCACAUGAUCUGUACACUUAUGUUUAUUUUUGUGUAAGGUUAAUUUGCACAGUAAAUAAUGUAUUUUGAUUUAAGGGAACUGUUUAGGGGGAUAUAGUUGAUCCUUGAUUUGAUAAAUGGUAGAAGCUUUAUUCUGUGGGGAAAUUAGGAAAUUGUUUUCUAUGGAAUAAUUAAGCCUAGUGGGAGGGGCUAUAUGUUUAAAAGGGGCUGCUGUUCCCCUAUAAGGGCAGUCUUGACUCAGUUACUGAGAAGGUAACAUCGUUUAAAUUGUUGGAUAUAAGUGUGAGUUACUGAAGAACUCAAGUGGGUAAAUGCCCUUUUUCCUUUGGAAACCCUUUUGUAUAUAGAGUGUUUUGUUUUCUGUGUUUUUCCAUUUUUUUGAACUUUUUCUUUGUAAAUAUUCACACUGUGUUGUCUUGGAGGCCGGCAUAAUUAAAUCUCACUAAACCGAGA